AUGAAAAUUAAAUAUGCUAAAAAGGUCAAAAUGUAUAUAUUCCAUAAUUCAACUUCAUAUUUUAUGGAUAACUAUAUUUAUUACUGAAGUAGUUCAUACAAAGAUAGAAUCUACUUCAAAUGUUCGCAUUCGAAGUGUCCUUCAAGGAUCACAAUCGACUGUAAAAAUAAAACCUACUUUAUUUCCAAAGAACACCGAGGAAAGCAUUUUCCUAAAACGAGCAUACCUUCAGUCGAUAUAAAGAAUUUUGUUGAAGACCCAAUCGCAAUUGGAAAAGUCGCUAUCAAUGUAGCAAACACUGAUAGAAAAACAAAGAAGGCAGCUAUUGAUGUCUUCUUCGAAAAUUCUGAGUAUGCAAAUACGUUCGCUAGCUCCUCCAAAUAUAAAUAAUAUUGUUUAAAUUCUCGAAGAUUAAUUUUUUUAAAAAAUUCCAAUUUGCAUCAAUAUAAAGAAAAUCAUCAUAAUCUUUUAGAUCGCCAACUGUUUAUAUCAAGCAUAAUAUUGGAAUUUAAUAAAAAUAGUAAUCAAUUGUAAAAAAUUUUUUUAUUUAAUUAUAGAGACUAAGGUUUGAUUUUAUUAUCAUUAAUCCUUUUUCAGAGUAAGGAUGCUGUAGAUAAAGGAUUUGCAAUAAGUGCUUAUGUUUUUGAAAAUGUACUGACAUCUCUUAAAGAAUCCAAGAAGAAUUAUCCGACACUUCUCAAAAUGAUAAUACUCGUAGAGUCUCAUGAUAAAGUCAUAAAGAUGCUUAAAGAAAACUCUAAUUUUAUUGAGCGAUCUCAAAUUUUCACCAAAGGUAUUAAGGAUAACGAAUAA